AUGGAGAUAUCGAGUUUGAGGCAAACGGUGAAGAAGUCGGAGCCGAUUGUACGGGUGAAGAAGUCUGAACCGUACGAAGCAGCGGUCAAGCACGAGCCGGUGGCGAAGUGCAAAUCGGUGGUCAAGUCCGAACCGGCGCCGAAGUACGAGUCGGUGGAAAAACUCGAACACACGUCCUCGCCACCAUCGGGACCCCUUACCAACCGUUUCCCUAUCGCGAUCGCGGGCAGGAGCUUGGUCGAUAUCAGCUCCCUUCUGACGACGCCGCCCCAUAUCCUGAAGAAGCAGAUCCCAGCAUACACGCUGAAGUCUAUACACGGCUGCGGGUUCUCCGUGAUUACGCUCAGGGUUUAUUGGCCAGGAUACGAGGUUCUGAACUACAAGCAACAGGUCUGCGUGGCGGGCAGGACCGACGGAGACAUUGCGCGUGAUGUCGCACAGGUGUUGGUGGAAUUCAUGAAGAGCGCACUUGUCUCACCGUGUAGUGCUGCACAAUUCGCGAUCACCCCAACCUCGGGGUACAUGAACUUGGAGCGCCUAUGCCUCUGCGCCAUCCAUCAAGUGAAGAACGAGGGCGAAGAGUGGAUGCUGAUCAGGGCGUCGUUUUUUCUGUAG